UGGGUUGUCCCGCGCGCUGUUGGAGCUAGUGGAUCCUCAGUUUUGGUGGUGUCCAUCGUGGGCAGCGGACUAAUAAAGGCCAUGGCACCGGCGGAAAUCCUGAACGGGAAGGUGGUCUCCGCGCAAAUAAGGGAGACACUGAAGAACCAAGUCACUCAGAUGAAGGAGCAAGUUCCUGGUUUUACACCAGGCCUGGCAAUUUUACAGGUUGGCGACAGAGAUGAUUCUAAUCUUUAUAUAAAUGUGAAGCUGAAGGCUGCUGAAGAGAUUGGGAUCAAAGUCACGCACAUUAAGUUACCAAGAACUGCCACAGAAUCUGAGGUGUUAAAGUACAUUACAUCAUUGAAUGAAGACCUCACCGUACAUGGUUUCAUAGUACAACUGCCUUUAGAUUCAGAGAACCCCAUUAACACUGACGCAGUGGUCAAUGCGAUCAUACCCGGAAAGGAUGUGGAUGGGCUAACUAGCAUCAAUGCCGGAAAACUUGCAAGAGGUGACCUAAAUGACUGUUUCAUCCCUUGUACGCCUAAAGGAUGCUUGGAACUCAUCAAAGAGACAGGGGUGCAGAUUGCUGGAAGGCACGCGGUCGUGGUCGGGCGCAGUAAGAUAGUCGGUGCCCCCAUGCAUGACUUGCUUCUGUGGAACCAUGCCACAGUGACCACCUGCCACUCCAAGACUGCCAAUCUAGGCGAGGAGGUAAAUAAAGGUGACAUCCUGGUGGUUGCGACUGGUCAGCCGGAAAUGGUGAAAGGGGAGUGGAUCAAACCCGGGGCAAUAGUCAUCGACUGCGGGAUCAAUUAUAUCCCAGAUGAUACAAAACCAAAUGGGAAAAAAGUGGUGGGUGAUGUGGCCUAUGAUGAGGCCAAAGAGAGGGCAGGCUUCAUCACUCCUGUUCCUGGUGGUGUGGGGCCCAUGACGGUGGCAAUGCUAAUGCAGAGCACAGUAGAGAGUGCAAAGCGUUUCUUGGAGAAAUUUAAGCCAGGAAAGUGGAUGAUUCAGUAUAACAACCUUAACCUCCAGGUUCCUGUUCCAAGUGACAUUGAUAUAUCACGAUCUUGCAAGCCAAAGCCCAUUGGCAGCCUGGCUCGGGAAAUUGGUCUGCUGUCUGAGGAGGUAGAAUUGUAUGGUGAGACAAAAGCCAAGGUUCUGCUGUCCGCACUGGAACGCCUGAAGCACCAACCUAACGGGAAAUACGUGGUGGUGACCGGGAUCACUCCAACGCCCCUGGGAGAAGGGAAGAGCACGACCACCAUUGGGCUGGUGCAGGCCCUUGGUGCCCAUCUUUCUCAGAACGUCUUUGCGUGUGUGCGACAGCCUUCACAGGGCCCCACCUUUGGAAUAAAAGGUGGCGCUGCAGGAGGUGGCUACUCCCAGGUCAUUCCCAUGGAAGAGUUUAAUCUCCACCUCACCGGCGACAUCCAUGCCAUCACUGCAGCAAAUAACCUUGUCGCCGCGGCCAUCGAUGCCCGGAUGUUCCAUGAACUGACGCAGACAGACAAGGCUCUCUUCAAUCGUUUGGUACCAUCAGUAAAUGGAGUGAGAAAGUUCUCCGAUAUCCAAAUCCGAAGGUUACAGAGACUAGGCAUUGAAAAAACUGACCCUACCACACUGACUGACGACGAGAUAAACAGAUUUGCAAGAUUGGACAUUGAUCCAGAAACCAUAACUUGGCAAAGAGUAUUGGAUACCAAUGAUAGAUUCCUGAGGAAGAUCACAAUCGGACAGGCUCCAACGGAGAAAGGGCACACACGGACGGCCCAGUUUGAUAUCUCUGUGGCCAGUGAAAUCAUGGCUGUGCUGGCUCUCACCAGUUCGCUAGAAGACAUGAGAGAGAGACUGAGCAGAAUGGUGGUGGCAUCCAGCAAGAAAGGGGAGCCCAUCAGUACCGAAGAUCUGGGGGUGAGUGGUGCAUUGACAGUGCUUAUGAAGGAUGCAAUCAAGCCCAAUCUCAUGCAGACAUUAGAGGGCACUCCAGUAUUUGUUCAUGCUGGACCAUUUGCCAACAUCGCACAUGGGAAUUCCUCUAUCAUUGCAGACCGGAUUGCCCUCAAACUUGUUGGCCCUGAGGGGUUUGUGGUGACUGAAGCAGGAUUUGGAGCGGACAUUGGAAUGGAAAAGUUUUUUAACAUCAAAUGCCGGUAUUCUGGUCUCCGCCCUCACGUCGUGGUGCUUGUGGCCACAGUCAGGGCUCUUAAGAUGCACGGAGGCGGCCCCACGGUUACUGCUGGACUGCCUCUCCCCAAGGCUUACAUAGAGGAGAACCUGGAGCUGGUUGAAAAAGGCUUCAGUAACUUAAGGAAACAAAUUGAAAAUGCCAGAAUGUUUGGAGUCCCAGUGGUAGUGGCCGUGAACGCAUUCAAGACAGAUUCGGAGGCCGAGCUGGACCUCGUCAGCCGCCUUGCCAAAGAUCAUGGGGCUUUUGAUGCAGUGAAAUGCACACACUGGGCAGAAGGGGGCAAGGGCGCCUUAGCCCUGGCUCAGGCCGUCCAGAGAGCAGCUCAGGCACCCAGCAGCUUCCAGCUCCUUUAUGACCUCAAGCUCCCUAUUGAGGAUAAAAUCAGGAUCAUUGCGCAGAAGAUCUAUGGGGCUGAUGACAUUGAACUGCUUCCUGAAGCUCAACACAAAGUUGAAGUCUACACAAAACAGGGCUUUGGGCACCUGCCCAUCUGCAUGGCCAAGACACACUUGUCCUUGUCUCAUAACCCAGAGCAGAAGGGUGUGCCCACAGGCUUUGUCCUGCCCAUCCGUGACAUCCGUGCCAGUGUUGGGGCCGGUUUUCUGUACCCCUUGGUAGGCACGAUGAGCACGAUGCCUGGACUCCCCACACGGCCCUGUUUCUAUGAUAUUGAUUUGGACCCUGAAACUGAACAGGUUAAUGGGUUGUUCUAAAACAGGUGAGUUGUUACUGGUAAGAGUUUUGCUUUUUUCCUUUGGGGUAUAUUUAUGAAUUACGGGAUUCCAGCAAAAGCUCUGAAAAUGCAAAUUCGAAUGCUUUCAAAACUUUCUUUCCAAACAUCAUUGAGGGGAGAGUUGGCAGUAACCAAUGAAGGAAAUAUUCCAAUUUUGGAAGAAGAGCCUGGCUUGUUACGGAGCAGCGCAGGGGAGAAAGCCGCCGUCUAGUGAACUCUGGAGGGACUGCCACGGAGGCUGGGCUAAGGGUCUGUGUACUUUGAGUAGAUAGCAGGCAGGAGUUGAGUAAAUGUCCCUGAAAAUAGAAAAGAAAAGGAAGCAGGACCAGUCCGGGAAUACUUGGGAUCUUAAGGGAAACAUCCCCAAGUACUCUUCACAAUGAACAAGCCUUCCCUAGACACAUCCAGUUGAAAUUUCAAAAACAUUAAAAAUGUAAUUGUAAAAAGUCUUCUCCAGAAAAGAAAAAAAUGGCUUGUCUAUGAGAAAACGGGAAUUAGAGUGAACACCUGUCUUCUUAUCAGAGUAAGGGGCUUUUCGACAAUGGAGGAACCCCCUCGAGCUGACUUUGCACCUGCACUUACACCCACCAGAUCUUCCAAAGGCUUUCAGACGUGCAGGUUUGCCGCCCCACCUCGCUUCCUAGGAAGGUAUUUAGCAGUGUCCUCCGGCAAGAUGGGGAAUCAACCAAGAAAAAGGAAGACAUGGUUUUCAGGAAACCGAAUCCUGAUCUGGGCAGUCACGAAGGAGAAUCCUGACAGCUGCAAGAGACCUAGAGUUAUAAGUCUAGGAGGGAGGAAUUGAGAACCGCUAGAAAAGACAAGGGUAUCAGAGGGCAAUAAUGCAAAACUGAAGCUCUCACAUUGUUUACCAAAGUAAAGGUCCAGGUGGAAGCAAACUAGUCCUCUUCUGAGCAACCAGAGGAUGGCUGCUUACAGAAGUAACUGCUUACAGAGAAGAGACGGUGUGCUUGCUGCCCGGGAACACCGUUCUUCCUUCAGGAGGGCUUCUGUGACGCUGGGAGUGUCCCUCUGGCUCAGGCCUGGCCUGGCCUCGGACAGUCUUCACGUUGCCAGGAUGCAAGUGCCGCAUGUUGUUUUCAGGCCCUCGGGCCAGCCCGACAGAGGUGGUCGUGGAAAGGCUGGAAAUGUCAGGGGCUUUGGCAGCACCAGAGGGGAGUGCUGCGGCGGGGCAGGGGAGAGGCGAGGUUUCAACUCUUCGAGGAACAUUUACUUCUCGUUUCUUUUUCCUUCUAGAUUGCCCCUCUUCAAGAAGCUGCUCCAAAUAUUUGGCCGGUGUCCAUUCAGGCUGACUGUUGGUUAGGAAGUGUGGGGAAGUCGAGAGAAGUCAGCCCCUGCCCUGAAGAUCUUAGGCAAUCAAGAGCAGGCGUUUCCCCAGUAGCCUUCCUUUGGUCUUAAUUCCCACCAUCAUGUAUAAAUUAACAUAAAUCAUGCGCAAGUCUGCUUACUUUACUGAAGUUCCACAGAAUAAAAGGAAAUGGAUUUUGCGA